GCUAGAUAUCAAAAGCUUUAGAAUUCACCCAAUAUAUUAUGUGAUUUUUGUCGUAAAUUUCGUGUCAAACAAAGAUGUCACCUUCCAGAAUUCCUCUGUCAUCCAGAGGCCAUGACUGGUUUUCUUGAGUUCUCCGUAUUUAUACAGCUUGAGUUGCCUAUAUAGAUCAAGUUUUUCGUCUUUUGUUGUAUGUGUCAACAGUGUCUGUCAUCUUCUCCAACAAAACUUUGCGGUGUUUUCUGUGUGCUGCAAUGAACGUCGAGGAUACCCCUGAUGAAAAUGAAAAUACGAAAAUCGUGAGAAAUGUUGAUGAACGUACAAAAGAACAGAAGGAGAUCGACGAUUGGCUUCCAAUCACAUCUUCGAGGAACGCAAAAUGGUGGUACUCUGCUUUCCACAAUGUCACUGCCAUGGUUGGAGCAGGUGUCUUGAGUCUUCCAUAUGCCAUGGCCAAUCUAGGAUGGGGUCCUGGGGUAGUCAUCCUGAUACUCUCAUGGAUAAUCACUUUAUACACCCUAUGGCAAAUGGUUGAAAUGCAUGAAAUGAUUCCAGGAAAACGGUUUGAUAGGUACCAUGAAUUGGGUCAACAAGCCUUUGGCGAAAAACUUGGUCUGUACAUUGUGGUACCGCAACAACUCAUUUGCGAAGUAGGAGUGGACAUCGUGUACAUGGUCACUGGAGGGAAAUCGCUGGAAAAGGUCCAUAAAAUACUUUGCAAAGAUUGCAAAUCAAUCAAAACUACCUACUUCAUCAUGAUUUUCGCUUCGGUACAUUUUGUCCUCUCCCACCUUCCAAACUUCAAUUCCAUCUCUGGGGUCUCGUUGGCGGCAGCGGUGAUGUCUUUGAGUUACUCUACAAUUGCUUGGGCAGCUUCUGUCCAUAAGGGGGUUCAGGCAGAUGUGGUUUAUGGUUAUAAAGCCCCGAGCACGUCAGGAACAGUGUUCAACUUCUUCACUGCCUUGGGUGAUGUAGCUUUUGCUUAUGCCGGACACAAUGUAGUAUUAGAGAUCCAAGCAACUAUCCCUUCUACGCCUGAGAAACCAUCCAAGCGGGCAAUGUGGAGAGGAGUGGUGGUCGCCUAUAUUGUAGUGGCUUUGUGCUACUUCCCAGUUGCUCUCAUUGGAUAUUACAUGUUCGGAAACAAAGUUGAAGAUAACAUCCUAAUCUCGUUAGAGAAACCUGAAUGGCUUAUCGUAGCAGCUAACCUGUUUGUCGUCGUCCAUGUCAUUGGCAGCUAUCAGAUAUAUGCAAUGCCGGUAUUUGACAUGAUAGAAACUUUGUUGGUAAAGAAGAUGCAUUUUAGACCAUCAACAACCCUUCGUUUCAUUGUACGCAAUUUAUAUGUUGCAUUCACAAUGUUUGUAGCCAUUACCUUCCCUUUUUUCGGUGGUCUUCUGGGAUUCUUUGGAGGAUUCGCAUUUGCGCCAACAACAUACUUCCUCCCCUGCAUCAUGUGGCUUGCCAUUUACAAACCAAAGAAGUUCAGCUUAUCUUGGUGUACCAACUGGAUCUGCAUCAUACUGGGCCUCCUGCUGAUGAUUCUCUCACCUAUUGGAGGGCUAAGAAACAUCAUAGUUCAAGCCAAGACCUACCACUUCUACUCUUAAACCACCUCAGACACAGAGAAGUCUGCUGCUGUUCAAUCAAAUAAUGUUAGUAUAUUAUAUCUGUACUCAUCAAUAAGAUAACCAAAACUCUUGAUGUGUGUUCUCAGCAUGAGUGAAAGACAUUAUGUAUUACUCAUCAUAUAUCAGUAUAAACAACAGCAGAAUACUUGCCUUUAGUAAGAGAGGGCACAAGGUUCCUGCAAUCAACAGCCCCAGAAUACUAGCUCGUGCGGAAAAGAGGUUGGUCGGGCACAAGUCAGAACUUUGAUCUCAAAUAACGUUAGCCCCUCGUUCCAAAUAAUGUGUCUUGGUUCUAAAUGACACGAAUGAUACUCAAAAUACUUCCUGUUUCGUACUACUAGAGUUACAUGGGGUUUUCAUUUUUUUGAAGAAAAUGGAAAAUUAUAUAAAUAUCGAAGAGCAAAGUACUUCCUUUUUAGGGCGUUCUAAAAAGGAAGGGAAAGCCCUAAAAAGGAAGGGAAAUGGGAGUAUAAAUUAUUAAGAAAACAACCAUUAGUUCACCUUGAGAACAUUUUUCAUUUCAUCCAAACUACUACGUACAAAGCUGAACGCAAACUGAUACAUAUAUC